CUGUAGAUAAUACUGCUGAAGCUCCUGCUAUUUCGGCCCCCAAUGCUGGGGCCAUCUCUGAAAGCAAAACGGUUCUUUCUAUGUGCGAUACAGAUGCCCCAAAGCCUGCGACUAGGUACAGUCUGCGGAACCGUAAAGCUAUUACCACCCCAGUCGCACAUGGUACAUCUGUACAAGAGGAUGCAGCUCCUAUUAUCGCGCAAGACACAGAAUCGAACCUCAAGAUAACAGGCAGCCGAAAUGAACUCGAUGGUGCCCCACCGAAAAAGAGACAACGUCGAUCGAAGAAGGCUGCUGCUGAAGAUGGGAACAGUCAGACCAAAGAGACGGGCAUUGCGACAAAGCCUAAGCGAAAGGCUCGAAGAACUAAAGAUAACCCUUAUGGUAUGAUGCCUGGUGAGACUCCCUACCCCGACUGGGUGGCGCCAACCGCAGAGGAGUGCCAGGAAGUCUAUGACAUUCUUGCCGAGAUACACGACGAUGUCAAGGCUCUUCCUCCGGAAAAGAUCCCUGCGCCAUCCCUCGAUGUUGCUGGUUGUGGAGAAGUGCCCUCUGUCCUAGAUGGUCUCAUUCGUACCGUACUUAGCGGUUCGACAACUUUCGAGUCGGCUGACAAGAUGCUGAAGGCAUUGGUGGCAAGAUUUGGUGUUCUUGAGGUAGGCGUCGGAAAGGGUAGUGUGAAUUGGAAUAAUAUCAGAGUUGCCGAGCACGAUGAUGUUUAUGCACAGCUCAAGGAUGGCGGGCUUGGCAAGAUCAAGACGAAGCAUAUCCAAGGUAUUCUCAGCAUGGUGCAUGACGAGAACAUGGAGAGUCGGGCAGCCUAUCUCGUAGAGACAGAGAGCGGUGUUCAUGCUGAUAUUGCUGGUGCUUCAACUAAGACUGAAGGUCAGAAGAAGCUCGAGAUCUUGAAAGCAGACCAGGACAUGCUGUCACUUGACCACAUGCAUGAUAUGGAAACCCAAGAAGCCAUGAAACACUUUGUUCGGUAUCCUGGCGUAGGUGUAAAGACAGCCGCAUGCGUCACGUUAUUUUCUCUUCAGCGACCUUGCUUUGCGGUUGAUACCCAUGUCUUUCGCCUGUCAAAGUGGUUGGCUUGGGUUCCUCAAAAGACCAAUGAGGACGAUACUUUCAGCCAUCUCGAAUUCCGAUGCCCUGACAAGCUCAAGUACGGCUUGCACCAGCUAUUUAUUCGCCAUGGCAAGACUUGUCAUCGUUGCAACGACAAGAGCUUUUUGGGCACUGACGCCUGGAAUGCGAGUAGAUGCCCUCUUGAGCAACUCGUCAACCGAUACACUAAGCGAGUUGCUAAGCUCAAGGAAAUCGAAGCCGAGAAUAAGAAGAAGGGCAAAGACAAGGUUACAGCCAAAGGGAAGAGACUGCAGCAAGGUGCUGGUCAAAACACAGGCCUGACCAAGAUAGCCAAAGACGAAGAUGACGCCACAGACUCGGAACUUUCUGAGCUCGAUGAAGCCGAUGUCGAUAUGUAAUCUUUUGCAACCUAGUCAACAGGGAGUUGUCGCCGACCAUGGUGCGGAUGAGCAAGUCGAUCCAGGAAGUAUCGAAAGGCUUUUGGACUUCUACAUCAUGACUCCCAAUUAACCAGGCCACUGGAGUAAGAUUGGGCUAGCCGGUUGAAGCAAAUGUUUAGCUGGGGGACAUCCAGCUUCGUAUCUUUCGCUUCAUGAUAUCAUUGAUGACAAUAUCGCACAAUUACCUGAUGAUUCAAAUUAAAGCUGUCCAGCUCGCGCGGUUUACAAAUCGUGACGAGAAACGAGUGACAAAGGACUGGCCAUUGAGGAGGGGUGGGAUUGAAGUAUGUUAGUG